AUGAAGGCCCCCACGGCGGUCCUCAGGGCGGUCCUGGAGGUCCUGGCGGCCCUCACGGCGGUGGCCCUGGUGGCCCUCAUGGCGGUCCCGGCGGUCCUGGUGGCCCUGGAGGAUUCGGUGGUCCUCAUGAAGGUCCUGGUGGCCACGGAGGCCCUCACGGCGGCGGCCACGGCGGCCCUGGUGGUCCCCACGGCGGUCCUGGCGGCCCCGGUGGCCCUCACGGAGGUCCCGGCCGUUUCUAAAGCCCUGACGGACUACAACUCGAGUUCCGCAGAUGAUUGA